AUGUCGUUAAGCAGCUCAUUUGAAAACCUUCAGGCGGCAAAGCAACUAACACAAAAUAGUAAUGAGCCGUAUAAGAAAAACUCAGUAUCAUCAACAAACUUUGUGACUAGUGGGAGCUUGUCAGAUAAUCCCAACGAUUUCAUUACUUACUUGAUCCCUGACUUUAAUGCGGUAAAGUACUUUCAGAAAGAUUUUAUAGAUUCAAAUGAGUUUUAUCUCAUAGAGGAGUCUGAAGUAACCGGUUUUGAAUUAUAUUUAGUUGAGCAAUGGGUAAUCAACCGACAUAUCGGUACUAUUGUUACAGCAUUUACCGGAAAUGAACUGUCAAAGAUUGCGGUUGUUAAGUUCACUAUCAUCAAAAAGCCAACAAAGUAUUAUCCAAUUCGGUUUCAGGAGUAUCUUACAGAGUUGAUACAAAAUCAUUCACGAAUGAAAACAGUGGAAAAGUCUAGUCCGACCAGGACCAAUAGCGAUCACGAUCUAUUGACGAUAAACACAAUAUCGAGCAAACCUCCAAGAAAAGAAAAGGCGGAAAGCAAGAAUGAUGUAUGUUUUGUCACCAAUUUGACAUCCCUUCCUCCUCAACUAAACUUAUUACCAGUGUCCAAUGGAGAUGCCAGACUGAUGGAGGCGCCAUUCAUUAUCAAUUCGAAUUUGAAAAGGUUACAAUGUACUGGUAGAUCAGUAUCUCUAACAACCGACAAGAUUUCUGAUGCCUGCGAGGACAAGUUUCGGCAAAUGUACAAAAUCUACAAUGUUAAAGAGCCGGUAAAGUUUGCGGUGAGAGAGCUUGUUAAUGUUGUUCAGACUUGUUUGUUUUAUUUUGAUCUACUAGAUGGGAGAUAUUGCACAGGGUUGCUUUGUGUCAAGACCGAGGAAGCGAUAAACAGUUGGUGGAACUUGAUUGGUUUACCACAUUUCAAUUCAAAGCCAAAUAUCAAAGCGGGUGUGCUUCCAGCAAGAACUGUGGCGGCAAUAAUCAGUUUAAUUUUAAGUAUCAGACUUCGAUUACAGCUUGUGGGAAUCUCAGAUGUGCCCAAAGACCCUUUUGACUUUGAGAAUUUUAUGCUAUCCAUUGGGCUGUUUCAGAGACAGUAUAAGUUGGAGAAAACUAGGAAAUUGGAUAUGGAGACCAUGAACAAAUUGUUUACUACAACGAAUUCCCGAUUGAUGCCGACCAGAAGCUCAAAUUACUUUUCACCAUAUGGAGCUACCGAGGGACUUGAAGAGUAUGAACUAUUGACGUCGCCAACUCAAAAAUCACCAAAUUCUAGGAGGAUGUAUGGGAAAAGGGAGUUGAAAAAGUUGACCAAUGUGAUGAAAACUUCGGUUCAGGAUCGAAUUGCUGCUGCAAGUAAUAGGGAACCCGAUGACGUCAAGGGAAAAAGUGGUGGUAUUAGAAAUAGAAUUGCCAAGCUUGCCGACACUAUGAGUCCACUAGAUGUGGAGACAUUGGAUUUAGAUAAUCUCGUGAAGAAUUACCUUGUUGGAAAGACGCUAAUAAAAUUGUUCUAUGGUGUACAAGCAGGAGGUACUUUUACUCCCUAUGAGAGCACCGAACAAUCAAAGUCCAAGGAAAAGCGCAGAAGUAAAGCAAAUGAGGUUGACAGCCAUUUGUACACUUUUGAAAGUCUACGAGACAAAAUUAUACAAAAUAGUAAUAUUCAAUUAUCAACAUACAAUUCAAGAUAUGCGCUUGGGUUCACCAAGAGGUUUGGAUUACAAAGUCGAAAGAACAUGCUGGAGGAAAAGAUAGAUUCAACUCACCUUGGUCCUCGUAGUGGUACUCGUGAACGGUCUCUUCAAUCAUCUUCAUUGGUUGAUUCGUUUUUACAAAUUGGUGACGAUGCAACCUCAUUUGAUGAUAGUAGUCUGACAGAUGACCGUCGUCUCAGUGUGCACUCGAGCUUCAAAGAUGUUCACCAAUCUAAUGAGCCAUUAGUUCAGUUUAAGCGGGACUUGAAUAGAAGAAACUCAUGGCCAAGUUUGCUUGACAAGAAUGAAGAGAAUUUGUCAUCUUUUGUGCAUUUCAAAAAUAUGAAUUUGGUGAAUCCGGCAGUUGUAGAGGUUUCUCGCAUAAGACCUCGCAGUUUCAGCACAACAUCGAUUGAUGCAACGGACCUUACUAUGUGCUCCAUUUCAAAAGUAUCCCAAAUAUAUCUUGAUACAAUUGAUGAUUUGAUAAAGUAUGAGAAUCUCCGCGAUUAUUACUUUGAAAAUACAAAUGAAAAUGAAUGUGUAUCAAAUGCUACGUUAGCCAAAUCAUUUCAAUUACUAAACAUCGAUUUGCUAAAAGUAAAGAACCUCAAGAAUCAAGUAUAUACUAAUAAGCAUCGAGUGUUGGAAACUGGGAUUGCAGAUCAUUUAAACUACAACCUUGAUACCCUAACCAAUACUAUUGAUCGGUUAUCAUAUGAAACAAGAAUCGUGGGUAAAAAGAUUAGCGAACUUGAGGAAAACUUCAAAAUUUACAACAACAGGCAGAGCGAAGCUGAAAAAAGAUUGGAAAGGUUGAUUGGUGAAACUUUGAGUCAUUCUGAUAUGAAGGUGAUCUUUACAGAACAGCAACGGAAAGAAUUUGCCUUGAAAUUGACUGGUGAUGAGAACUUUGUUGAGUGUAAAAAAGAGGUGGAAACUAUGAGUCUGAAGAUAAUGAAGUACUUGUAUGGAUUCUUCUGGGGGUAA